AUGCCGCGAUUUCUCGUCUACGCCCCCGACUAUCCCGACUAUCUCGAAAAGAGACUCGCCGUGAGAGCUGAACAUCUUGCUCGUGGCCAGAUUGACACGGAUUCCCGCCUUGUUCUGUACAGCGGCCCCAUACUUCCCCGGCCGGGCACCAAGGCUCGAGAGGCGACUUUGCCGGAGGGCGUCCCAAACAUCGCGGGCAGCUUCAUGGUCUACAAAAUGGACAGCCUCGAGCAGGUAUGGAAUCGAUUGAAGGAAGAUGUGUAUUGGAGAGCCGGUGUCUGGGAUCAGAGCAGAGUCAUUGUGGAAGAGCUCUUGAAUUAG